UUGUGGAGCAGCCCUGGACCCUGUGUUGUCUCCAGCUGGGGGACGGGACGGGGCUGGGGGAUGAGGGCACCCGGGGCUGUGAGCCCAGGCACCUGGGUUCUUUCCUAGGGCUCAGCAUCUUUCCAGCACCAGGCCUGGGUGAGGGGAGCAGGAGCCCCUUUCCAGGCAGGGGCCCCGUGGGCCUGGGUGUUGCCCAGCUCCACCCCGGCUGAGCUCAGGCAGCCCGGGAGAGGCGUCUGCGUUCCAGACGGUGCCUGUAAUACCCCCGGCAUUCCCGAAUGGGGCGUCACCUGCCCCCCGCUGCUGUGUGCCUGUGGCUGCAGCAGCUUCUUCAGGUCACAGGGUCAGUUAUCUCCACCCCAGAAGCUGCUGCAUCACCCUGCCAGGCGAAGGGACCUGUUGCUCCAGCCAGUGCUGGGAUGCGGCGAGCUCGGGUGGGGCGUGUCCGCGGUUGCGUGUAACCGAGAUGUGGCUGCCUCUGGGCUGGGGCUUUGGGCUCUGAGGUUGCAAUGUCAACCGCUGAGUAGAGCAGAGGCCGCUGGCUCUGGGGGGGUCGGGGCAGGGGAUCCAGGUUUAUGCUGCGGUUGGCUCUGGGGUGGCUUGUGCCAGUGGCUGCGUAGAACACAUGGAGCCGGCUCUAGGGUGGGGGACAGGGAGUACAAAGCCAGGUGCUGGGAUGCAGCCAGCUCGGGUGUGGGCGGCUGAGUAUUACAAACACAGCUGCCCCUGGGACGGGGCUGAAAUGCGGCUGGUUCUGGGGCGGGAUGUGCUAGCGGCCAAACAGAAGAGGCAGGCGGAUGUGGAGGCAUUGGGGCCAGGGAGAUGGGGCCCUGUGCGGGGCUGCAGCUGCUUGAGGGCACCAGGGCAGGUGGAGGGGGGCUCUGGUAUUGCCCCGUGCUGCUUUGCCCCAGGGUGCCUUGACUCAGUGGAGUUUCCUGUCUGUGCAGGGCUGCGUGCUGGGGGGUAGGUGGUUGGGGGGCCUGAGUCAGCCCAGGCAGCCGGCCCAGCCACUUCCUGCUCCUCCCCGCUCCCCCCUCCAAACUUCAGGGAACUGGGAGGGGGGCAAGGACCCCAGCCAAGGUCCUACAGUGAGUCAGUGGUGGGGGGGGGGAGCCCAGAGCCGCACCCCUAAGCCUGGACUGGCUCAGACUGCCUGGACUGCCCCAAAGCUGUGAAGAGCCCAGGUGUCCGGGCGUCCAGCCCCCAUUGCAACCCUCGACACCCCUUCCUCUCGCAGUCUGGAUCCGACCUGGGCUCCGCCCCCCGAGGGGGGAUGAGAUCAGACACGGGACAGGGAUAAAGAGGCCGUGCAGCGCAGCAGAGGCAGGAGCUGGACCAGCAGCAGCGGGAGCCCCGGACCCAGCACCCCGAGAAGGGACCGCAUAGGAAGCACAAGCAUGCUGCUGUCGAGGGCCCCGAUCCUGGCCGCCACCGUCUGCCUCCUCCUCCUGUGCCCCGCGGCCACCGCCACCAGCCGGGGGGCCCCCCUGCCGCAGCCCCCCCCAGUGCCCCACACCACCUGGGAGGAUUACGAGGACGACACCGCUACGCCCACCACGCCCAGGCUGGGCCCGCCGAGCCGCUGCGACUACCAGCCCUGCCGCCACCUGCAGCCAUCCUGCGCCGAGCUGCGCCAGGCCUCAGCCUGCCUCUGCCCAGGACUGUCGGGCGCCAGCGAGCCCCCCGAUCCCCCGCGGCUCCUGGAGGCGGUGGUGGCGGCCGGCGGGGCCAGCCUGCACUGGUGCGCGCCCCCCUCCACCGUGCUGCGCUACCGCCUGCUGGCCUGGCCCCCCCAUGGGCCCCCCCUGGCCAGCCCUCCGCUCAACGCCAGCUUCCGCCGCGCCACGCUGGGGCCCCUGGCACCCGGCACCCGCUACCGCCUCUGCGUCGUGGCCGAGAACGCGGCCGGCGCCAGCUUCCAGCACGACGACGCUGCAGCCCCCGGUGGGCCCUGCCGGGCCGUGGACACCCCCCUCGGGCCCCAGCCACUGCUGUAUGCCACCCUGGGGGUGGCUGCCUUGCUGGGGGGCCUCGGCACCAGUGCGCUGGUCUGGCGCUGGGCCCGCCACCGGCGGCCGUGGGGUCGGUCGGCACGGACGGGAUCGCGGGAUAAUAUCCUGGAGAGCGGUGCGGGGCUGGCUGGGGCCACCAACAGCGCCUAUGGGAAGGAGGAGGACCUCUGAUACCCCCCCCCCCCCGUGUCCUCCCUGGACUGUGACACCCCCCUGGAGUCCUUGGUGUCCCCCCAAUGUCUCCCAUGGACUGUGAUGCCCCCUUGGACUCUGACAUCCCCUCCCCUGGUCUGAGAUCCCCCAGCAGCAUAUUUAUUUAUGUAUGUAUUUAUUUGUACGGGGGAGCUGGGGGCGAGAGCCCGGAUGCCUGGGUUCUCCAGCUCCGGCAAGCUGGCGGCUGCUGGGAGGUUAUAAUGGGGUGGGGGGCAAGCUCGGAUAUGUGGCUUCUAGCCCCAGCGCCUGCUGCUGUUGCGUGGGGGGGCUGUACCCCAGGACCCCCUGCUGGCGGGGGGAACCGUAUGGCUGUACCAAAAGAGCAAUAAACCCUAGAAGCAGC